AUGUGCUCAUCCCUUGUUUUCCCCAAACCAGGAUUUCCCAUUGCCAACCCCUGGGAGGCUGCGAGGAAGAGGAAGAUGCCCCGGGGCACUGAGGCAGAGCAGGAGCUGAGCAUGGAGAGCAGGGAGGACAAAUGCCCGCGGCAGAACCUGGUGGAAGAGGCCGUUUUGAGCGGCUCCACGGCGCAGGAAGCCAACGGGGAGGAAAAGGCCCGGAGAUGCCGCACGAGGAGGGGCUGCAAACUCAGCUGGUGGGGAUGUGAGGGGGAAAGAGCCAGCCUGGGCCGGGAAGGCGGCCGGAGAUGGAGGCAGAGCUCGGAGCUGGUGCUCCAUGAGCAGCUCCAUGAUGGGGAGAAGCCCCACACGUGCGGGGAGUGUGGGAAGAGCUUCAGGAGGAACUCCGAGCUGAUUGUGCACCAGAGGACCCACACUGGGGAACGGCCCUACGAGUGUGAUCAAUGCAGGAAGAGGUUUCAGACCAGCUCCCAUCUCCUCCUGCACCAGCGCUCACACACAGAGGAGAGGCCCUUCCGCUGCCCUGACUGCGGGCAGCACUUCAGGCAGAACUCCCAUCUUGUCAUGCACCAACGCAUCCACACUGGGGAGAGAUCCUUCAAGUGUGGGGAAUGUGGGAAGAGCUUCGGAUUCCAGGACAACUCCACCCUCAUCAAGCACCAGCGCACCCACACUGGGGAGAGGCCCUACGAGUGUGAUAAAUCCAGGAAGAGUUUUAAGACCAGUUCUGAUCUCCUUCUGCACUAUCAGAGUCACAGAGGGGAGAGGCCCUUCCCAUGCCCUGACUGUGGGAAGGGAUUCCAGCGCAACUCCCACCUCAUCACCCACCGGCGCAUCCACACUGGGGAGAGGCCCUACGAGUGUCCCCAGUGUGGGAAGAGCUUCUCCAGCAGCUCUGACUUGACCCGACACCAACGGAGGCACCACUAAGGGAAGCCCUGCGAGUGCCCCGAGUGCGGGAAGAGCUUCGUGCGCUGCUCCAGCUCCAUCCCCCACUGGAGGAGGCACUUUGGGCACAGCCCUGGUCGCUCACAUUCCCUGUGAUCCACGCUGGGAUCUUGUUGCUGUUAUCUCUGUGUGAAGAAUUUCUUGAUUAUCUUAUC